ACACUAUCAAAUUUGAGCGCAACGGCGCUAAAUGUCUGUGAAGGCCGCUUUGACUGACUUAUGUUUAAGGAGGUUAAGCCUGAAGUGACUGAUUUCAUCGAACAAAGUAGAAAGCAAAGAACUGAACGGCGUGAUGCAAAAGCUAAAGCGCUAUCUGCUGUAGUCAUCCAAAAAAACUGGAGAUGUUUCGUAGUCAGGAGAAAUGUUAUUCGAGGCUUUCGCUCGGAGUUUGACCUCAAGAUACUCGAAGGAAGUGAUGUCAAAGUGACUCAUUUAAUUCCUGCCACUGAACUCUUAAGGUAUGUAAAGUAUCUGAAGUUUCAAUAUAACUCGAAGCUGGAUUACGAACGUUUUCUAGUUCUUAUUCGAUAUAUAGUGAAUUCUGUGGAUACCGGAGACUUUAAAGUGUCUUAUGUAUCUCUUGCGUUAAGGAAACCUACACUGGUUGAAUGGAUAAUUACAACGAAAUGGUUAUUUUCUACGGUUGCCGAACAUAUGAGUUCUUUAGAUCCAUCCAUUCCUAGUGAUUCCAAAGUUUUAAACUUAUUUCUGUCAUUCUUACUGAUACAUACCAAUUGUUGUCAGUGGUCGCUGGUACAAGAUGAAAAACUGAAGCAUGCGAUGAACCGAUUAGCUACAACGUUUCUCCAGCAUCUUGUGCAAAAGCGUUUAUUUGAACAUUUGAAUGCUGUUUUGCAAAAGGGUUUGGCUAGACACACUCCUGCAUUAACGAAAGUCUCUUUAACUGGUAUAUUUACCAUUGCUAUGAGACCCUUGAUAUAUGAAAAGUUCCCUCAGGAGCUUGUUAUUUCAUUUACGAGAAAUAUCUUAACUGUACCAGGAUUUAUACUACAUAUAAAUUCCAUGAUGAAUGAAGCGUAUGAUAUUAUAGUGAAUGAAAGAUUGUGCUCGAGAAUUAUCAUGACAUUAUACGAUAGUUCAAAAGAGUUCAAUAUUCUACUAUCUAAGCUAGAUGGGUCAUAUGUUUUAUGCUUGAUUGCAAAUCUUAUCCAACUCAGUCUGUUAGAAACUGAUAUCUUGGCCUCUCAUUGUACAGAAUUUUGUAUUGUUUUAUCCAAAUCUAUGCAUUAUUUGGGCACCUAUGUCGGUAGUAAAAAGUCUAAUCUUUGCAGUUGGCAUCCAAUUUUAGGGUGGUUUGCUCAGUCAAUAGAUAAUUCUUUACAAUCAGCCAUGUCCUUCGUAACAAGUCAGUUAAGACUACUCUGGAAUGGUCGUAUGGUUCGUUUAUUAUUUGCCGAUCUGUAUGCGCAAGCUGAACUAAACUUACCUGAGUUAAGUGCAUCAGAGGGUGGUUCAUCUAGCACAUGUCAUCUUCAUCCUGCUAACACAUCUUGUGCAACAAAUCAACAUGGACCUGGGGUACCUUCUAAAGCAGAAAAACUUGCUGUGUUAGGGUUAUUGCCACCUAUUUCACGGAUGGGAGGUAGUAGGUCAACCGGCUCUGAUAUUGAUGGUUAUGGGCAUCGUGUACGUCAUGGUCUUUCAAAUUUUCUACGUCAGAUAUCCAAUUCUUCAGCAUAUCGUGCUAGAUUUCGAAAUAAGAAAGAAAUAACCAAUAAUUACAUUCCAAAUCUUUCCACUGGACGUUCAGAUAGUCCUGGUCCAAGUGAUUUACCGAAAUCCUUAAAAGCUGUGUGUAUGCUUUAUUGUUUUACUUCUGGAAGUUUGAAAGAAAUUAGAAGCGCUAUACUGGCAGGUUUAUCGUUAGGUGAUUUAUUACCUCGUAUGUGGCGUUUAAUUUCUUGCUGUGGAUCUGUACGUGAUUGGGUUCAUGUGAUUAUGAAUUCACAAUCAGUUUGCCAUUUAGAACCACAUGAAUCUCAUUUGAUGCAAAUAUUUGCUUCAGCUACAAGCAAUUUGUUGAGCAUAUUAGAUGAUGCAGAAUUAUUUGAAUUAAAAAAAUCGUUUACAAUCGACGAAUUGUGCUCAAUGGGUUCAUUUUUUAAUCAUUUAAUUUAUGAAUCAGUCAUUAUGGUACCAGAUCCUAAUCAGCUUAAAUUAUGGAGUCCAUCUUGUAAAGAUGGUAAUAAAUUGAAUAAAACCAAUGAAUCCAUUGCAUUGCAUAAUAAUAAUAAGUCUACUGUUCAAUCAGACAGUUCAUCUACUGUUAUGCCUAAUUUAUUUACAAUUUGUUUACGUUUAUUAUCUGUAAUCUAUGAACGUGAUAGUAGACAUUUAUUUACACCACCGAAUUUUUGGUUAAUAUCAAAUCUCAAAGUUCCAGCUUUUCUAGCAGAUCUACGGAAACCGAAACCACAUGCAACAUUUCUGCUCAAGCAUAUCCCGCAUAUCAUUCCACACAAAGAACGUGUUAUUCUUUUUCGCGAUUUUGUACGUGAAGAUAAAGCAUCACUGGGGAUACAUACUCGCACAAAUUGGCUUACAGAUGAUGGUCCAGUUGGUGCUGUCAUCACAGUUCAUAGAAAUCGUAUUGUUGAAGACGGAUAUCAACAGUUGGCAAAUUUAACUUCACCUCAGUUGCGUAUGAAAAUACGUGUACAGUUUGUAAACGAAAUGGGUUUAGAUGAAGUUGGUAUUGAUUUAGACGGUGUGUUUAAAGAAUUCCUGGAAGAAACUCUUCGUCGUGUAUUCGACCCUAGUUUAAAUUUAUUUCGUGUGACUAAUGAUCAGCGUUUAUAUCCGUCACCUACUUCACAUUUACAAGAAAGUCAUUUACAGCUCUUCGAAUUUUUGGGUAAAAUGCUUGCCAAAGCUGUGUAUGAGUGUAUUGUUGUGGAUGUGCCAUUCGCAAACUUCUUUUUAACUCAAUUACUUGGCCGUGAAAAAGCAGGAUGUUACAGUUUUCUUGAUGAAUUAGCUACAUUAGAUAAAGAAUUAUACAAAAGUUUAAGUUAUAUUAAACAUUAUGAUGGAGAUGUUUCCGAUCUGGAAUUCACUUAUUCCUAUGCUGAAGAUUGUCUAGGUCAAGUGAUUAUACAUGAUCUCUGUCCUGGUGGUCGUCAAAUUUCUGUGACGAAUGAUGUCAAAAUAAGUUACGUUCAUAGUGUUGCUCACUUUCGAAUGUAUAAACAAAUUAGAGCACAGACUGCUUCUUUUAUACGGGGAUUUUACUCUAUACUAAAUCCUGAUUGGUUGGCUAUGUUUUCUCCGUCAGAAUUACAAACACUUAUCUCAGGUGACAGUAGUUCAAUGGAUAUUGAUGAUCUAAGACAACAUACACGUUAUUCAGGUGGAUUUCAUAGUAAUCAUCGCGUAAUUCGAUGGUUAUGGGAUAUUUUAAGACGUGAUUUCGAUGAUAGAGAACGUAGUUUAUUUUUGAAGGUAAGUUGUUUUCAUUUAUUUCUACUCCUUAAUUUAUCGACAUAACUAGUUAUUAUUUCACUGUCCGUCUCACAAUCCAUAAAAUAAUUUCAAUCAUAUCAUUGUCUUAAUUUUUCUGACAAGAAACCUGUACAUCUUAAUUUAUAGUCAAUAUGUUCUCCGUUUACGCUUAUUUGUGUCAUUAUUUAUAUAAUUGUGUUUAAAUAAAAGUGUAUCGACAGUGGAACUUGCACUUUGAAGGAAUAACUUAUGGCAUAUUGUAUUACUAGCUUUAAAGCUUCUGUCUAGAACCUCAUAUAUUUAAUAAAUUUAUAUCAAUCUUAUGCUACUUGUAAUCAGAGAACUCUUAAGUGGCAUAUAUGUGCCUGUGAACUUUCAUGCGUCAUUAACCUUUGUUAUAUCGUGCGACAAGUCUGUACUAACUAGUAACCAGUUAAUAAUAGAUAUAUUUUUGUCAUAUUUCAAAGGGAAGAAAAAUUGUAUUUCUGAUGUUUUAUGAUUUAGUGCAAGCCACUUCUUCAGAGUAAAUGGGUAAUGAUACCUAUAGUAGCCAGUUAGCUUACAGUAAUAUUUUAUGUGUCAUAUUAUUUGCAGCUGGUUGAUUGUCUAAUAUGUCAGUGACCUUAAGUUUUAUAUACAAUGUAUUGUUAGUUCUCUUUUAGUGUUUACUCAUAAUGCACUGUUAAAAGAAGCAUAGUUCAUAGUAUGUUGUGUCUUAGUGGAAUUCUUGCAUUACGGUUACGGUUAAAUUCGUCCAGUCGAAUAAUCAAAGUUGUUCAGCCGAUACAAUUAGUUAUUUCUGUACAACUCUUAAAUGUGUCUGUUCAGUAAUUAAAUCCAAAGUUAAUAGGUUGACAGCCAACUGGUGCAGUUAACUGUUAUCUCACCAGUCAGUCAAAAUGUACUUGAUUUGUCUCUACAUUAAUUUCAGAAAUGUUUCCUACAGGCAAUAUAUACAUAAAUUGUUACCCUUCAUACUUCCUCAGUGUUUAUUGAAAUAACAUAUUUCAUUUGUUCUCUACGUAAUAAAAAAUCAAUUGUUUCUGUUUUUUCUAUAGUUUGUCACCAGUUGUUCUAGGCCACCUCUUUUGGGGUUCGCUAAUCUUGAACCACCAUUUUGUAUACGUUGUGUACAUUAUACUAAUGAAGAUCAAGAUGUCGGUGAUACUCUAGGAUCAGUACUAAAAGGAUUUUUGGGGGUUGUUGGGCGCCGUGAAGAAGUAUCUCGCUUACCAACUGCAUCUACCUGUUUUAAUCUCUUAAAAUUACCUAAUUACUCAUCUCGUAGUGCAUUGAAAGAAAAGUUAAGAUAUGCCAUCAAUAGUCAUGCUGGGUUUGAACUAUCGUAGCGGAGAAAUUUCUUAUGAAGCUACAAAUAAUAUGUACUUUUUAUUUUCAUGAUAGAAAGCUGUAAAUAUGCAUUAUGUUUAAUAUUUUCAUUUCAUUUAGUCAAUUCUUCGAUGGCCAACAUAUUUUGUUGUUUAAAUUUACUUCAUACUUUUAAUUUAUUCACAUUUUCAAUUCAUAGUGAAUAACUCAGUGUCAUUGGUCAAUUAUAUUAUAAUACUAUGAUAUGUUUGAUGGUACGUUUAAAUGAAUGUGAUGAUUGUGGGCAAAAGUUUUAAUCUUACCAUUUUGAUAACCUGCCGAAUAAUGCUAUUUUCUAAACGUUUUUAUUCUUCAUAUACUUCCUUUCCCAAAUAGAUUGAACAAAUUGCCAUUUAAUUUAC